AUUUAUAUCGUGCAGCGGGUGUGGUAGGCUACAGUUCAAAGUCAAAAGUUUCUGAACAACAGUUUUCUAUCUAGUGCAUCGUGUGUGGAACAGUUCAAAGCGAAAGGUAGGCUACAUUUCUGCACAGCAGUUUUCGGUCUACAGACUUGGCCGAGCACGGGUGUGCCGCUUGUUGGAGGAUAGGACAAAAAUAAUCGUUAAACGUAUUAUUUACAAGAGAGCUGUCACCUACUCACUGAAUCAACAUGGAGAUCGCCAAAAAGUUGUGUGAAGAGCUCUAUUCUCUCAUCAAUAAUCAAAAACUAUGUGCUCCUCAACUAGUAAACCUGGCCAAAGAGUUGGAGUCACAGAGAAAAGCCUACACUGUGGCUAAAUAUGCUGGCAACACCGCCUCUGUGCUGGGCUCCGCGGCGGUAGUAGGGGCGGGCUUGGUCACCUUUUUUAGCGGGGGUGUGGCUGCUCCCCUCCUGGUCGCUGCUACGGCUGCAGCCGGGGCCACAGUGGGAGGGGCCGGGGUCGUGGUUAACCUGGGGGCCCAGUUAUUUGAGGGGAUGCAGUCCAGCAGCACCUUGAAAGAUGCGGAGAGGAUCAUAGAGAAGAUCAGGAAGCUAAGAAAGGAGGUCGAGACACUUCAGAAAGACCUGAAAGAAGAGUGUGACCCGAUGGAGUACAUUCUGAGAGCCAUAGCCAUACGGAGCGGCGUGGAGUGGCCCACUAAUGACCCGUUGCUCCGAGUGGUGUCGAAUUGGCCCAAUAAGAGGUUCUUGGUAAACAAUAUCCAUCGUGGCCACGGUGAUUCUUUUAAGUUGAUGGCGGCGUUUCCAGUUUUGGGUGCUGCCUGCCUGGCUUUGUUUCCAACAGAGGUUGGAAAAGCGGCCUUAAAGGCAACUCUUGCUGGAACUUUAAAGGGCGCAGUGCAAAUCGGUGGAGGAGUUCUUGGUGUGGCACUGUCUCUUCCAGGAAUGAUUUCCAAUAUAAAAGAAUUAGUCAAAGGCGAUCAUGUGACAGAAGCCAGCCAAUCUUUGAGAGAUACAGCCAAGGAAAUGAAGACUGUUGCGGAGGACUUUGAGAAAGAGCUCGACUCGAUCCAGAAGAUCAUCAAGGAGAUCAGUGAGGUGAAGAGCUGCAUUGAAAGCCUUGAUUACUGUGAUCCUGCCACUAAGAAGAGUGAAAGUCAAAUCCAAAGGGAAAGUAUAAUCCUGGACUUUCUGAGGAAGCAUGAGAAAGGAACCUCUCAAAAUCUAUAUCUGCUGCAGUGGAUAGAGAGCAUGGACAAUUUUGCACAGUUUCUCAACCUUGUGCUUUAUUUAAACAAGCUGCUGCAGGAAAAGAAGAAGAAGAAGAAGAAACAAACAGAUGAAGUUCACAUCAUCUUCGUGGCACAUGGAGAGAUCACAAAACACCCCGUGCCAGCCUGUCUCCUUGUGCCUAGGCCUGCCAUCAAAGACACCAUUCUCUACUCUCCUUGGAACUGUGCCAUUGAUAGUAAAGUGGCCUAUGGCAUCGCAAAAGGCUGCAUCGAACAUUACCACCGAGACUUUUUCUGCUCCUGGUGUAAAGCACCUGAAGCCGACCACAAGCCGUCUGACCUUCCUGGCAAAUGGAAUCACAUGAAAGAUGCCGGUUUCAUCCCAGAGAUCAUUCUCCAUCCAGUGAAACCAGAUGAAGAUGCGUGGAAGAGGCCUGAAUCCUUGGACAAGGAACUUCCAGAGGACCGCAUCCUUCUCCCGUACCUUUUACCAAAGGGUGUGAACCCAGAGCUCUUCCCAGGGGUUUCAUUCCAUAUCUUAAUUUCUGCCUUAAACCUGGUCCUCAUGAUCUGUGGAGUCAAAGCCACUGUCCAUCUGGCAGCGUUCCUGUGCCAAUACAGCCGUAGAGAUGAGAGCGUGUUCCAUGAGUACUCCUACGCUGACGACUACACUAUAAUGACCACGACAGGUGACAUGAAGGUUGAUCGUCAGUCAGACCUGUACAAAUUGUUCAGCCCUAUGUUCGGGGAGUCUCCGUCCUGUCGCAGCAGAAGUUACCAUCCCUAA